AUGCAGAAAUCUCCAACUAGACAGAAUCUUAUUCCUUCAUCAACAAAUUCUCCUCAAAAGAAAUCAGGGCAAGUCAAGAUCAUACUAGGUUCCAGUCUCAGAGAUUUUUUUGUUGUUAAGGAGUCAUUUUCAGCUGAAGUUGAAACAAUAGGCAGCAUUCACCAGGUCAAUUUGGUGAGAUUAAUUGGAUUUUGUGCUGAAAAACCAUAUAGGCUUCUAGUUUACGAGUACAUGUCCAAUGGAUCAUUGGAUACAUGGAUCUUCCAAAGGCACCAAGAGCAAACUCUUGUGUGGCAAUCCAGAAAGAAGAUCAUUAUGGAUAUAACCAAGGGACUAACCUAUCUUCAUGAGGAAUAUAGGCAAAAGAUACUUCACUUGGAUAUCAAACCCCAAAACAUCCUUUUAGAUGAAGACUUCAAUGCAAAAAUUUCUGAUUUUGGAUUGUCAAAACUAAUUGAUAAGGACCAAAGCCAAGUUGUAACAAUGAUGAGGGGAACACCAGGCUAUUUGGCUCCCGAAUGA